AUGUAUAUUUGACUUGCCCUCUAUAUGUGUCUAGCACUAGCAGUAUAUUAGGUGGACUCCAGCUGAGCUCUGUGUUAAUUGCAACUUCAUUUGUCCGGCCACACUGACCAUUUGUCCUAGAGACCAGAGAUUGGUGACUAGUGUCAGUGCCAUUUGCAUAUCACUGAGCAUGUAACUUGAGUGGAGAGAGGACCAGGCUCAAUAGAUCACACUUCUUUGCUGAACUCCCAUCGGCAGGACAGAACUUGGACGCAUUAGGCUGCUGCAUGAGCUUCAAGCCAAAAAUGUUCUGCCUUCUUCCAGUCAGACUGGUGCUCUUGUCGAGCCUCGUUUUAUCUUUAUGUUUUGGUGAAACCAUCUAUCUCCACACCAAUGAAGAAGAACCCACUGGAACCGUCAUUGCCGUUUUAUCCCAUCAUUCGCUAUUUAAUUCUACGGAGAAGCCUGCUACCAACUUUCGACCGAUGAAGCAAUCCAACAGCUCCUUCAUCCACGUUCGGGAAAGCGAUGGUCAGCUGAGUAUUGGGAAAAGGAUAGACCGAGAAAAAAUUUGUCGGGGCUCACCAAACUGUGUUCUGUCUCUGGACAUGGUCAGUUUUUCCAAAGAUCAAUUCCAACUCAUCAGCGUGAAAGUGGAGGUGAGGGAUAUCAAUGACCACAGCCCAUUUUUUCCAAAUUCUGAGAUGCACGUAGAUGUCUCUGAAGCAGCUCCAUUGGGUACCAGAAUCCCUCUUCAUAUGGCAGUAGAUGAAGAUAUAGGCCUGAACUCUGUCCAGGACUAUCUAAUCUCUGGAAACAGUAACUUUGGUAUUGACGUACAGACAAGGGCGGAUGGACUGAAAUAUGCUGAACUGAUUCUUAUGAAAGAACUUGAUAGAGAAAUUGAGUCUUUGUAUACCUUGGAGUUGGUGGCUAGCGAUGGCGGAAGCCCUCCACUCUCUGGAAGUACAACGGUUAUCAUCCGUGUCCUGGACUUCAAUGAUAACACCCCAGUCUUUGAGAAGAAUUCCCUCAUUGUUGACUUGUUGGAAGAUGCUCCUGUAGGAUCAUUUCUUUUAGACCUCAAUGCGGUUGACUAUGACGAAGGUGCAAAUGGAGAAAUCAUAUACGGGUUCAGUGCACAGGUGUCUCAAGAGGUACGUCAGCUUUUCAAAAUUGAUCCCAAGUCAGGCACUAUAACUUUAGAAGAGGAAGUCGAUUUUGAGACAACAAAUUCUUAUGAGUUUGAUGUCCAGGCGCAAGAUAUGGGUCCAAACCCACUAACUGCAACCUGCAAAGUCACAGUGCAUAUUAUAGAUGUGAAUGACAAUGCCCCAGCAAUUACUAUCACUCCUUUGACUUCUACUAGCAUGGGAGUAGCCUAUAUUACUGAAGCAGCUGCCAAAGAUAGCUUUAUUGCACUGAUCAGUGUAGAAGACAGAGACUCUGGGAUAAACGGACAAAUUCAUUGUACACUUUUUGGCCACGAGCACUUCAGGCUACAGCAAGCCAGCGAGGACAGUUUCAUGAUAGUCACCACCUCACUUCUUGACCGAGAAAAGAUUGCAGAGUACAACCUUACCCUCGUGGCUGAAGACCUUGGACUCCCUUCAUUGAAGAUGACCAGACAGUAUAAUAUUAGGGUGAGUGAUGAGAAUGACAAUGCCCCUUCAUUUACUAAAUCACUGUACGAAGUAUCGGUCUUCGAGAAUAAUGUCCCCGGGGCCUAUAUCACCACCGUUGUGGCCAAAGACCCUGACCUGGGGCAAAAUGGCAAAGUGUCUUACAGACUAUUAGAUGGAAAGAUAAUCGGUCAGUCUUUGUCUACAUUUGUUGUCAUUGACAUUGACUCCGGAAUCCUCCGUGCCGUUAGAUCCCUGGACUAUGAAAAACUUAAAGAAAUUGACCUUGAAAUCGAGGCCAGUGACCACGGUGUUCCCAAACUUUCAACCCGUACUCAGCUGAAAAUAAAAAUACUUGACAGAAACGAUAACCCACCAGUGAUAAUAUCUCCUUUGCUAGACAGUGGAUCUGCAGACAUUUUGUUGCCAGUCAAGUCCCCCAAAAAUUACUUAGUGCUUAAAGUGAAAGCUGUGGAUGCAGAUGAAGGACUGAACUCACAACUUGCCUAUAUUAUUCUUCAGGAUAAACACAAGCUCUUUACCAUCAACAGGCAAAGUGGGGAAGUUUCACUACGCAGGAUAAUAAAGCCAACGCAAGAUGUGGACCUUAGCUUUGUGGUUGAGGUCCAUGACAGUGGUAGGCCUUCUCUGUCCUGCAAUGCUACCAUAAAGUUCACGCUCACUGAAAACCUUCCAUCCAGUGUGGAAGUAGUUGGCAUGCAGUCAGCAGAGGAAGAGGAAGAAAAACUCAAUCUAUCCGUUAUCUUCAUCGCUGUUCUAUCGGGAGGAUGCACUUUACUGCUUGUUGCCAUCGUAUUUGUGGCUUGUUCCUGUAAACACCGAAGUGGACAUUCUAAGCAGAAAUCCCAAGAGCGCAUGAGGGAAGUAGAAGACUGUCUACUCAAUACCACAGCUACUCCUAAGGAUUCCUCCUCUACGUCCUCUGAGCCUUGUCAACUGUCAGUCAACACGGACUCUGAGAGCUGCAGUCUGACAUCCAGUAAAGAUCAAUGUAGGGACCUACAUUCAGCUUCCAAUAGCUCGGUUGGUGCCCCUUUACCUGACUGGCAGCAAGAAAAGGCAACAGAGGGUAACAGUGACCUUCCGCCAGAGCAGCUCAGUGGCAAGGACAGUGGGAAAGGUGACAGUGACAAUGACAGUGCCUCUGACACCGGCAAGGAAGGUGUGAAGAAAGGAAAUGUGCUCCCCAUCCAGCAACAGACCGAUGCCCCAGACUAUGAAAAGUCAACGGUGUGCCAUGAUGCUGAAUCGCGAUGUGUCCCGAAGAAUAACAGCUCUAUGUACAGCGGGCACUACACCAUCCGAUACCAGAAGGAGUAUGCCGUGGCCUACUCAAUGCCACCCCCGUACUACAACACCUAUCACCCCCGGGCCCAGAACACUUCCCAUUAUGGUAGGACGGACGCCUACUACCAGGUCAGCCAUCAGCCACCCCCCACCGACUACCAACGAGAAUUAUCCUACCGAAGUGCCACCCUGUCCCCGUCCCGGCUCUACAGGGGACCUCCGCAGAUACUCUACAGCCAAGAGGUGCCAUUACAAGCCCGUACUGAAGUGUCUUCCGAUUUGUAAAUUUGGAUUCAUGUUGGGGCGAUAAGAAACUGCUACGGGUAAAUUCUAUUGCCCAGAGACCCAACACUUAAACUGAACCCUAAAAUGAAUGCUGAACUCCAGGUUGGUGACCCCACUAUUACCUACAAUCAUUAAGCCACACAGCUGGGUCACCUCCCCAUCCUCCAGCCUGUGAUUGGACAACAAAGGAGCAGCAGAAGACUCACAAGGUCAUCUCUCCUUCCGGCAGAAUUUUCCUUAUCAGCACAUGUGCAUGUGGCACAGCCUGAUUGGCUCACAGGUAACCCUCUUACAAGCCACAGGUAACAUACAGUAUCAGAAUGAGGUACUUGUACAAGCACCUGGAUUUAAACAUGCAUUCAAUGAAUUAACAAUAACAAAUCUAUGAAUUUCUUUUAUUUUUUAUAUCUACAUGGAGUCCAGCGUUUAUGACUGGGUGACACCCCUUGAUAACACACCACCAUUUGGGUUUUGGUAGCCAUUCGUUCAUGUAGCUUAUGUGUUUAUUAUGUGUUGUAGACUGUAAAUAGGACAUUUCUUCUGUAUAUUGAGAAUUUAGUCUUUCAAUAAAUAUUUAUUAUUCAAAAGUG